AUCACUAUCAAGCUUCAGACGUCCAGUACUAUACCGGCACCACCUCCAACACAGCCGCUCCACCGAGUCCCUCGCCGCUCACCGGCACUACGCACUACCAGACCAGACGGAGCGUCCUUAGCGCCUCCUGAGCAAGCACUGUCGGAUCAGAGAGAGAGAGGGAGAGAGACAGAGAGAGGGAGGGAGAGAGAGAGAGAGAGAGCGAGCGAGAGAGAGAGAGGGAGAGAGAGAGAGAGAGAGAGAGAGAGAGUAGUUUUCUCUGACAUUAUAGACUCAUACCACGUAUUGUAGGUUACUUUUUUCCUCUCGGCGCCGUCCUCUGCUUAGUUGCGCUCCUGGAUUUUAAGUGCGUCUCGGCGAACUCCGUCCCCCAUCAAGCAGCGGUUCCAACCUUGCUGUCAAACGGCCGGACCAAACAACCGGCGGACCGCUUGUUGUAGCCUUCUCUCGCUUCACUCGGACAAGAUUUCAGAUAAAGUACAGAUGCUGGAAUCUUUGAGUUGAUUGAAACAAAUAGAAAGCAGAAAAGAAAAGACAGAUAAAGGAAGAGCAGAAACGUGAAGAGCAAGAGGAGAGAGAAGAAGAAAGAGAAGAGAGAAGAAAGCUUGAAGUUCUUUAGAAAGAGGAGAGAAAGAAAGAGACGGGGACGAUGGGGAGGAAAAAGAUUCAGAUCACGCGGAUUAUGGAUGAACGCAACAGACAGGUGACAUUUACAAAGCGAAAGUUUGGCCUGAUGAAGAAGGCGUACGAGCUGAGCGUGCUGUGUGACUGUGAGAUUGCCCUGAUCAUCUUCAACAGCACCAACAAGCUGUUCCAGUAUGCCAGCACAGACAUGGACAAGGUCCUGCUUAAAUACACCGAGUACAAUGAGCCCCAUGAGAGCAGGACCAACUCUGAUAUUGUGGAGACAUUGAGAAAGAAGGGCCUAAACGGCUGUGACAGCCCAGAUCCCGACGCAGAUGACUCGGUUGGCCACAGCCCCGAGUCUGAGGACAAGUACAGGAAAAUAAACGAGGACAUUGAUCUGAUGAUCAGCAGACAGAGACUGUGUCAGGCUGUACCCCCAUCAAACUACGACAUGCCCGUGUCCAUUCCUGUUAGCAACCAGAACAAUCUCAUUUACAGCCAUCCCGGUGGGUCCCUAGGCAACCACAAUCUGUUGCCACUGGCGCACCAUGGCCUACAGAGAAACAGCAUGUCUCCUGGAGUCACACACAGACCUCCCAGUGCAGGUAACACAGGUGGCCUCAUGGGUGCCGACCUUACCACUGGCGCAGGCACCAGUGCUGGGAAUGGUUAUGGGAACCACCGCAACUCGCCUGGUCUGCUGGUCUCUCCAGGUGGCAUGAACAAGAACAUGCAGGCUAAGUCUCCCCCACCCAUGAACCUGGGCAUGAACAACCGCAAACCUGACCUACGUGUGCUCAUUCCCCCUGGUGCCAAGAACAACAUGCCCUCCAUUUCUGAGGAUGUCGAUCUGCUAUUGAACCAGAGAAUAAACAACUCUCAGUCUGCUCAGUCACUGGCCACCCCAGUGGUAUCAGUAGCAACUCCUACUCUACCAGGACAAGGCAUGGGCGGUUACCCAUCUGCCAUUUCUACUUCUUAUGGUACCGAGUACUCCCUGAAUAGCACAGACCUGUCAUCCCUGUCUGGCUUCAACAGUGGCAGCUCCCUACACCUUGGCUCAAUGAGUGGGUGGCAACAGCAACACCUUCAGAACAUGCAGCAUUCAGCACUCGGCCAGCUAGGAAAUUGUUCUAGCUCUCACUUAUGUCAGGGUUCAAAUCUCUCCCUGCCCUCUGCUCAAAGCCUCCACAUCAAGUCCGAACCUGUUUCUCCUCCUAGAGAUCGCACCAGCAGCACACCGGGGGGCUACGGUGGUGGGGUACCACCUCCCCAGAACCCCUCGUCCCGCCAGGACUCGGGACGCUCCCCCGUUGAUAGCCUGAGCAGUUGUAGCAGCUCCCAUGAGGGCAGCGACCGUGACGAGCACAGGAAUGAGUUCCACUCACCUCUGGGACUGGCCCGGCCCGCCCUGGAUGAGCGUGAGAGCCCCUCCAUCAAACGGGUACGCCUGUCAGAAGGAUGGGCGACAUGAUAGCACUGUCCUCUUCUCUGCAGUGCCCCAAGUUGCCCUGAGCUCCCAACAAUGCAGCAUUAUGAUGACCCACAAUCAGCUCCCUCCUCUUCCUCCUCGCACUCAAUAUCACGAGUCACUCACCGCCCAACCCCACGGCCUCUCUCCUUUUUUCUCUUUAUCGCAGAAGGAAAGCAAAGGGACAACCCUUUCCAAAAAUAUGUUUGUAAUUUCUUUUUCCUUUUUUUUUUUUUUUCUUGUUUUGAUUUUGCUGAGUGUGUGUGAGUGUGUGUUAUACAUAUUGACAUUAUAUAAAGCAGUUGGGUGUUGUAAUGGGGGUUUGGGAGGGUAGUUGUUGUUCGGGAUGGGAUCUGGGGUUAUUUUUGUUGGGGAACUAUGCAUAAAUUGUAUCGUGGAAAAAAAAAAAAAAGAAUCAUGUAUGCAUAUAUCUUUACACGUGCAAAUGUGUACAGAUGUGCAUAUCAACAAAUACACAAAAAAAAAUGGUCAGGUACUCUGUUUCAUAAAACGUACUUACAAUUUGCCUCAGUGAUAUAUCAGUGAAUAGAGACAAAAAAAGAAAAAAAACCAACAAAAACAUGAUGAGAGUGAUUGUGUCCAGUGAAAAAACACCUUAACACUUGAGUUGGACAAACAAUACACGUGUACAGUAUCAGUUUCAUUGCUCUAGACCUUCUCUGCAGUUUUACCUUGCAAAAAUGUGUGUUAACAUUAGAUGAUGUCAUGUUGCAGGUUCAACGUAUUUAUGUAAAUA